AUGUCCAACAAGAAGCCCUGGUGCUCCCUUACCAACAACUAUGACAUUGACUUACAAUGGACGUAUUGUGAACCUUCAGAUCCAGACCCUAAGGUAUCUGCAGAGGAAGAUCCAAAUAUCCAGAAUCUGUCCUGUGUCUUCCCAUUCAUCUACAAGGGCACCUCCCACAGUGCAUGCACGAGUGAGGGCAGGAUUGAUGGAAAACUGUGGUGUGCCACCAGCCACAACUAUGAUGUGGAUAAGAAAUGGGUGUAUUGUAAUGUGACAGGAGAACUGGAUGUAGAUCCCAGGGAACGUUGUGUCUUUCCAUUUGUCUACAACCUCGAGUUCUACUUCUCAUGCACUACAGAUGGAAUGUCUGGUGUGAAACCCUGGUGCUCUCUCACCACAAACUAUAAUGCAGACCUUCAGUGGACAUACUGUGAAUCUAUAGGACCUGAUGAGGCUGUGGAAAGUCCACCUUGUAUCUUCCCAUUUAUCUUUGAGGGGAGAAUUUACAGAAACUGCACCACUGAUGGGCAGAACAACAGGACGUUAUGGUGCGCCACCACCAGCAACUAUGAUGCUCAUAAGAAAUGGAAGUUCUGUCAAGAUUACGCAGAAACUCCAGAUCCAGAUCCAAAGGAAGAUCAUCCAUUUUGUGUUUUCCCAUUCAUCUACAAGGGCAACACCUACAAUGCAUGCACUACGGAGGGCAUGAGUGAUGGGAAGCUGUGGUGUGCCAACACUAGCAACUAUGAUGUGGAUAAGCAAUGGGUAUACUGUAAUGCCACAGAUGCCGAUCCCAAGAGCCUUUGUGUUUUCCCUUUCAUCUACAACCAAAAGCUCUAUCUCUCGUGCACAACGGAUGGGAUGUUUGGCAGGACGCCCUGGUGCUCUCUCACCCAGAACUAUAAUAAAGACUUGCGGUGGACGUACUGUGAGCCCACAGGGCCUGGUGAGAUCCGGGAGCGUCCGCCUUGUAUCUUCCCAUUCACUUACAAGGGAAAGGAGUACAGUAAUUGCACUGGAGAUGGGAGAAGAGACAGGAGACCGUGGUGUGCCACCACGGACAGCUACGAUAUGGAUAGCAAAGGGAAGUUUUGUCAGGUUUCAGGAAGUGGGGCUAUUGUUCAGGUCCCACCCCCUGGUAUCAUGCCUCUACUGCUUGUGCUUCCAUGA